AUGGCGGUGCCAUUAAGACUGCUGGUUCUAUGCUGGGUGUUAGGAGCAGGGCAUAGUCAGAGCUCUCCACCAUGGUUCCAGAACAUCACUACCAACCUGUUUAACUCUUCGGGAGACAUCCUCCUCGGGGGGCUCUUCCCCAUCAACGAGCUCACCAGCAACCUGAGCCACAGAGUGAAGCCGGACAACAUUAGCUGUGACAGGAUUAAUGAGCAUGGGCUAGGUAUGGCCCUUGUGAUGAAGUACACAGUGGAUGAGAUCAACGCCAACUCCACCCUACUCCCUGGCAUCAGGCUGGGCUAUGAGAUCUUCGACACCUGCAAGCAGUCUGCCGUCAUCGUGAAGCCCACACUCCUCUUCCUCACUGAGGACUCCAACCGAGAGCUGGCCGUCAUGUGUAACUACACAGACUAUGUGACCCGUGUGGCGGCUGUCAUCGGCCCAUCCACCUCAGAGAUGGUCUCAGUCAUAGGAAAACUAUUGGGAUUCUUCCUCAUACCACAGAUCAGCUACCUCGCAACUAGUGACAUGUUCAGUGACAAGAGUAUGUACCCAUCGUUCCUACGCACCGUGCCCAGUGACAAGAGGCAGGUGGAGGCCAUGGUGUAUCUGCUGAGCAGUUUCCAGUGGAACUGGGUGGCCGUGGUGGGCAGUGAGGAUGAGUACGGACGCCAGGGCCAGCGCCAGUUCUCCACCCUGGCAGCAAAGAGCUCCAUCUGUGUGGGCUACGAGGGGUUAAUCCCUAUGUACCGUGACCCACAGCCAGUGGUCAGAGAUAUCCUGGACCGCAUCGCAGAGGCCAAGGUGGGAGUGGUGGUGGUCUUUUCCCUCUCCCAGCCUGCCAGAGCCUUCUUCACUGAGGUGAUCAGGAGGAAUCUGACAGGUGUGUGGGUGGCCAGCGAUGCGUGGGCCCUGCACAAAGACGUAUCAACUCUCCCAAACAUCCACACUGUGGGCACUAUCAUUGCCUUCGCAGUCCAGAGCCAGACCCUGGCCCUGCUCACACCCUACACCAGUGAACUCUUCUCCAGGAUCAGAGAGGAGAGGGCCAGGCAGCCCUCACCAGAUACAGAGUCAACCCGUGGUAUGAACCAGUGCCCAGACUGCUGGAACCUGUCCCCAGACAACGUACGUCUAGUGACAGAGCCCAUACUGCUGAGGUCAGCUUUCAGUGUCUAUGCUGCCAUCUACAGCGUUGCACACGCACUGCACAAUCUGCUCGGGUGCAAUGCCAAUAGUUGCCCGAGAGGCCCUAAAAUCAAAGUCUAUCCCUGGCAGCUGUUGGAGGUGCUGAAGAAGGUAAACUUCAGUCUAAAUGGAAGUCAUUUUGAGUUUGACAGUAAUGGAAACCCAAACAUUGGCUACAACGUACUACAGUGGGUCUGGAGAAACAACAGUCUGAGUUUCAAAGAUGUCGGCACCUUCUAUAAGAACCUGUCAAUUAACAACAACCUCAUCCAAUGGCAUACAGGCAGUACUAAGGCCCCUGAGUCUACCUGUUCCUCUGAGUGUGGCCCUGGCCAGGUGCGCAGAGUGAAAGGUUUCCAUUCCUGCUGCUAUGACUGUAUUGAAUGUUUACCGGGCACCUUCCAGAAUGGCACAAUGGACAUCCAGUGUACCCAGUGUCUAGAGGGCCAGUGGUCCCUGGCACGUAGCACCAACUGCACCGAGCCUACCUUUGACUUCCUGACCUGGAGCCAGCCUGAGUCCCUGGGGUUGCUGCUGGCCAUGCUGGUGCUGCUGGUCUGUCAGGGGGCUGUGGGGGUCCUUCUCCUGCAGCACCGGGGGUCUCCACUGGUGAGAGCCUCUGGGGGGGCCCUGGGUGGGGUGGCCCUCCUCAGCCUGAUGGGGGGCUGUGCCUGCCUGCUGCUGUUCCUGGGCCAGCCGGGGGAGCUGGUGUGUCGUCUGCAGAUGCCCCUCAGCUCUAUUUUCCAAACGGUCACCCUGUCCACCAUCCUAGCCAUCUCACUGCAGAUUGUGUACGUGACAGAAUUCCCUGGCAAGGCUCCUUUUCAUCUGGAUACACUGAGAGGCCCUGGAGGCUGUCUGCUAGUAUUGGCCUGCUGUGGAGUGCAGGCAGGGAUCUGUGGGUACUAUGUCCAGGAAGGGCCCUCUCUAUCCCAGUACCUGGCCAAGAUGAAGGUGACCUUUGUGAGGAAGUUCCUGCGAUGCCCUGUGGAACCCAUUUUAGGUCUGGGCCUGAUGCAGGGCUUCAAUGGCCUCCUCGCCCUCACAUCCUUCAUGUGCACCUUCAUGUCUGUGAAGAGCGUUCGACAGUACAACCUGGCCAGAGAUAUCACCUUCUCCACCCUGACCUACUGCGUGGUUUGGGUGGUCUUCAUCCCCAUCUACACCGGUCUGAAUGACAAAGACCGCUCCAUCGUUCAUGUAUCUGUUAGUUUGCUCAGUAACAUGGGGCUGAUGGCGGCCUACUAUCUGCCAAAAUGUCACCUGCUGCUGAAGAAACCUGAGCUCAACACAGAAGAGCACUUUCGUACCUUCCUCGAGGAGGCUGAAGCAACUCCUCAGGAGGAGCAUGACCAGGGACCUGCAGAGGAAGAACAGGGAUCUGCAGGGGAGGGACAGGGAUCAGGGGAGGGGCAGGGAUCAGGAGAGGGGCAGGGAUCAGGGAAGGGACAGGGAUCAGGGGAGGGGGAGGGGGAGGGGCAGGGAUCAGGGAAGGGACAGGGAUAAGGAAGGGACAAGACUUAGGACCUUUAUUCUGUAUAAUGUUUAAAUAAUGUAUUCAAUUUAGUUUAUAAUGCAUUGUUUCACAAUUUUUGCAGAGACAUAUAACUGCAAUCAUUCAAUCAAACUGGUCUACAUGCACAUGAAAUGUAUAACAAAGACUUGACAAUUGAGGAUGUGUGUGACUAAGUUCAACCAGAUGUGCUAAAAAGGUGCAGCAUGCUGCACUUGCCUGCUACGAUCUGUGGUGUAGUUUGCUAGAUCACCACCAGGGGACGCAAUCAUACAAUUUACAAGCCGUUUACAGACUGAAAAAGCCAUUAGGUAAAACUAUCAGUCAGUCAAUGUGGCUUUUAUUGAAUAGUAUCUAGGCCUAAUAUAUUGUACAGUAAAACAACAUCCGAUUCCAUUAUAAUGGGUUGGCGUGAUUGUCUUAUUCGUGAAAAUACACAAUAUGCAGCAAAGGCAUACUAGGCUAAGUCACAAUAAUUUUUGCUAUAGGCUACUAAAAAUGUUAUGCUCAUAGACCAAUGUGUAGCCUAUAGGUAUUAUACUACGCAUAGGCCUAGAGCACUGCGAUGAACGAAUUGCGUAGAGAAUCAAUUGAGUGAUGUAGUAUUUAUGUAUAUGUAAAUCUCAGUGAAUUUGAACUAGGCAACCGAUAAUUGAAAGCCCACUAAAUUGUUCUGAUUAGCCUGCCGUUGGCCUCGGGCUUGUUUUGACGUUUUCUUCGUCUAUUUCAACCUGUGAGUGUGACGAUGUAAACGGUAAAAUACGGAACCAUCACACGUUUCCUAGUUUACUGAUUAAAUUAAACGACAAAACCAAAUUCGUCAACCAUAAAUGACAACACAAAGCGUUUUAUUAUUUUUACUCCAUGUUCUGCAAUGUCAUGAGCUCACCUUGACGUUUUCUGCCGUUGAAAGGCAGGUGUAAUGACUCUAUGCGCUCAUAGUCCAGUAGGCAUACGUGUGGUUUGGUGAAGCUAAAAACGGUUACAUCCUCUGGUUAUUAACUGGGAUAGGUCACCCCUGUGACCAACUCCACACAUGACAUUGAUGUGGAAGCUGCGUAAAGCUGAAAGCCCGUGCCCUCGAACAUAACCAGCUCUUGAUAAUCCGUCCAUUAAUAUACAGUGUCAUAGGCCUAACGUGCACAGUAAUAUCUAACGGUGUUAAUGCAUGAUAAAGAUUCACUCAAUGAAUCCGAUUUCGUGAGCAAUUUCGAAUAAUAAGCACUUGAAAUUAUUCAUAUUAAGAAGAAACCUUUCUAUUGCUUUGGAAAAAAAAGAAACUUACAUUGAGUCCAGUGCUUAAAUUAACUUCUGAAUAAUUGAACGAAAUUCAUUUCAAUAGUGAUAAUAUGAUCAUUUAAACAUGAAGCACAACAUGGAGUGGUUUGUACAAAAUAAUUCGCCUAUAGGCAUUGGAAAACUGUAAUCCCUUAUAGUAAGAAUUAUAAAAACACUAUGUUGGUCUAUAGCCUACUCUUGAUAAAAGCUUCCCCUAAUUUCGAAAUUGAGUUUUGGAAUGAAGAUGAACACACUAUUUACCACAUGGUUGCUGGUAUGACUGUAUGAUGAAGUCUGGUAUUGUGCUGAGCCAUAUAUUGUUACCCAAACAAGACAUAAGACAAAUGGAACAACUUCACAUAGUCCGUAUGUUCUAUUCUUCUGGGCCCGCUGAUUACGUCGCGUGAUAAAAGUUGUUUCUUACUAUAAACUAAUGUGGGAAUCAGAGAGCUCUAAUGAAGCGGUUAGGGAUAAAGCAUCCUUUGCUCUGAUGCGGUCCUUAUCGCCCCGAACACUAAAGGCUUGGUUUCAUUGGGCAAACAACCAGCAUCAAACGUAUUUAUCAAGUCCGGUGGCGGCAAGAACCACCAUCCACCGGGGAACUGGAGCAGCAGCGGGAGAGGUGCGACCAUAGAAAUGCCCUCUCUUCCUCCGUGCCUUUGGCGUGUUUGAUUAAAACUUGUUACUGUUUUGAAUGUGAAUAAUACUCCUCCAAACUAAAGGCGACCUUUGUCUAGGCAGAAUGUAUGGCCAUUAUCAUUGCAAUUAUUUAAUCAAGAGCUGUAGCUAAUAGUUUAAAAAACAAACGUUUUAAACGGGCAAGAACGAGACGCUAAACUGGAACACUUGCCAAAAUGUAGUAUUUAAUUAUGUCGCAUUAUAGCCCAGACAACUAUUGUUAAUGUGAGCGCAAAGACUGCGUAAGUUUCUUGACCACCACAAGAUGACACAGGCAUGGAGGAUAUCAGCGGAAUGAUUUCUUCAGAUAGACCCAUAUCGAUUUAAAACGUUUCAUCAGCUAUUUCAAAUUACACUGCACUUCAAGAUUAUUAUUUACACUGAACAAAAAUAUAAACACAACAUGUAACAGGUGUGGCAUAUCAAAAA